GCAGUAGUAAAGUCUGUUACGGACAGCCCCUUUUCAGAACAAGCCUCGUCCGAAAAGUUAAUAGGUGCAGUAAGUCUUCACUGUAACGCAGGAAAGCGGUUCUUUUUGCUUUUCUUUAGGUUUUUAGUGCGCGCGAGAAGCGAGUAUUUCGGGACGUGUGUUUGUGAAAUGAAACAACUGAGAAAUGCCAAUGGAAAUGCUACAUCCAAACCCAAUGCCUCCGUAGGUUUGUCACCGAGCCAAAUCUAUACGAUUCCGCAGUUGACUUGUUGAGAGACUUGACCUGUGUCAGAGCCCAGCGAUGUGGCUCUGCACGGAUUACAAUGAGACUGACACCAACGUGGACUUUCGGCUCUGCCAGGACUUUGGCCUCAUCCUGUCGGUCUUCUCCCUCAUCUACCUCCUAGUGUGUUUCCCACUGGGGCUAUGCUACAAUGUGCUGCUGGUCGUGGUCAACCUCUCCAACAAGGUGUCCAUGACCAUGCCGGAUGUUUAUUUCGUCAACAUGGCCAUUGCGGGCCUUGUGCUCAACCUGGUGGCACCCGUGGAGCUGCUAAGCUCCACCUUCACCCGCUGGCAUGCGUGGGAGUACAACAACGAGGUCUACAUCACUUUGCUCAUCCUCUUCAACAUCUCCUCUUUGGUCAUCAUGUAUUCCACCACGCUUCUCAGUCUGGACUACUAUAUCGAGCGGGCGCUGCCUCGUACGUACAUGUCCAGUGUUUAUAACACCAAGCAUGUAUGUGGGUUCAUCUGGGGCGGCGCGGUGCUCACCAGCUUCUCCUCGCUGCUCUUCUAUGUGUGCAACCACAUCUCCACGAAGAUGGUCGAGUGCUCAAAAAUGCAGAACAAGGAGGCAGCUGACGCCAUCAUGAUGUUCAUCGGCUACGUGGUUCCAGCUGUGGCAGUUCUUUAUGCCUUUGUGCUCAUUUUGCGCAUUCGGAAGGAGUCUACACCUCUGGACCAGGACUCGGCUCGCUUGGACCCUUCUAUCCACAGGCUGCUGCUAGCAUCAGUCUGUGUACAGUUUGUACUGUGGACUCCAUACUACAUGACCCUGUUGGUGCACACUGUAGCCGGUGCACCAGGGUACAUAAGCAAUGUACAUUACUUACCUACAUAUUAUUUUUUGAGAUGUGUGUCUAAACUGCUGGCUUUCUCCAGCAGCUUUGCGAUGCCUCUCAUGUACAGGCAGAUGAACAAAAACUUCUCCAACAAGCUCCAGCGGCUGCUCAGGAGGCUGCACUGCAGAGAUCAGUCCUGCCCUCAUGAACGCUCAACAGUGCAGCAAGUGGUGACGUGAGAUCCCGUUCCCCCUGGGAGAUUACCUAGCCCCUCCCACUCCCCUUUUCAACCUCUUGGCAUAGCCGGCACUUAUCUCCCCCCUAUGGAGCAAGUAUCUGACUGGGCUCCCUCCCUGCUCUGGACUGUGUUAAGAGCGACGUAGCUAACUGUGGAAUUUCCUGUCACCUUCCAGAACUUGAUCUGAUCUAUCCAGUUCUGCAGUGAGAGGACAAACCAAGCAAAAACCACUAAGUGCUGUUAUUUUUUGUCACUGAGUGAAGCUCUCCACUAAGACACUUGAGCUUCUAGUUUGAGGGCGGUAAAUUGGCACAAUCAGCUGAUAACUACUCAGUGCACUGUUUUCUCUGAGUUUCACACAGACAGUAAUGAAAUAUCUGUCCACAAGCACUAUAACCAUGGCAGUGUGUUCAGCUGUCCUGAUACGGGUGUGUUGUAAAUAUUCUGCUGAAAGCGUACAAGUUUGGUCAUGCACGACUACUUAAGUUUCACUGUUGAGCUAUAUUAUACUACUAGAAACAAUUUAAAUUCCCAACAAGAAUCAUUCAUAAAUGGUUCAUGAUGCCUUCCCCUGACACACAAGCAAAGCAAGUAAGUUCAUUUUAAUCAAGUGAAGCCAAGUUAUGUUGUUUCUUCAGAGAAAACUACGGUGGCUGAGAUGUUUUGUAUGAACUGCAUAUCCUAACACUUUGUAAAAAACGUGAGCAUCAACAGAUGUUGUCAAUUAAAUUGCCCGACUAAUACUGCAUUUAUAUUAAUCAUGUUUAUGCACUCUGCCAUCUAAUGUUAGGCUAUUAUGAAGAUAGCUCUGCAGAAACAUGAGCAUUACGUCAUUUAGCUAAUGGUAGUCAGUCAGAUGAAGUCAGCUAAGCUGUAUGUGUGCAUGAAGACAUUUGGUAAGUGUUGCUUGGCAGAAAUUAUGGAGCCACUUUUCAAUUUAUCCUUCAGCAGAAGGUUUAAGUCGUCUCCAUGGUACAUUAAUCAGACCCGUUUUCAUAAAUAUGUAGAUAUAAAGACAUUUGACAACGUUGUUCAUUUGUGACAAUCACAUUGUGAUAAUAAUCACAGUUAGCUGGUGAACAAUAUUUCACUUACAUCUCAAAUGGGAAAGAACGCUAAUAUUCAGCGGCUUUUGCAUUUGAGCUGUGGCUUUUGCAUUUGUGUUUUCUUUUAUUGUGGUUGUGUUUUCUGUAUUUGGGAGGUGUUUUUCCAGUUUGUUCGAAACGUCUCAGCCACCGUAAAAAACGACACAUCCUGCAAUGAUGGACAGAUGUUUGAUAGUAUAUCAACAGUCCACCACAGCCAAUGAACUUGCAGUGUUUGUCUCUGCAAAGUUACAUUUUGCGCUGCCAAUGAACAUCAGUAUUUUACUGCCCUCAAACUAGAGGCCGAAAUCACUUGAAUGAAAAAACAGCUCGACCUUUCAAGAGUUGAAUUUUCCUUUGACUUAAAUGUGCUGAAAACGAUUCCUCAUUAUCAGAGUAAAUCAUCUUUACGUUAUAAAUAUUAAGUACAAUAUUAAUGGUCUCUUAAUUUCAAAAGCUAUUAUCUUCUUCAACACUAGUGCUGCCCUGUAGCUAGAUGCACAUAAGUGCUGAUAUGAAGAGACAUUUUCAUUUCACUUUAAUAAAUUUAGUAGUGAGGUUUUGCUAAACUCACAGGCAUAAAGAGAUUAUUCUGAGUCAAGCGCUACAGGAAAUACAGAAUAAAUGAAUAUACAUCCACACCACUUUUAAGUCACACAGAUUAACAUGGAAUCCUGAUAUAAAGCUUUUUUUCAGACAUAACCGGUAUACCUCUUGUGAGCUCUGCUGAAAUCACAUCACCUGCUGACCAUAAGCAGUUCAACUCAACUCAUUAAAAAUCAACUCAUUAAUUUGAGAAGAGCGCCUCAGUCCAGUGUGGGAUUUGUUAAGGAAUUAUGCAUGGAGAGCUUCACAUGGGGUCAGUGAAGACCCCACAGGGUCACAGAGAGGGCCCCGAGGAGGUGGCAUGUACAUUCCCUGACUUGUAUAAGUGGUUGAGAGGUUUGUCCAGUGGGAAUCAGGAAACCUCACUGGGUCACUGUAGAGGCAAUAUCAAAAACUUUCACAAAGUCUAAAUGACUCACCUGCCGAGCACCUGCAAACAGCAUGUGUGAAGCAGAUUUUGAACUGUAAUGCUGCUCAUAUCCAGUCAGGUAAUCUGCACAUUAUUGGUGAAGCUGCUUUGCUUUCUUGCCUGCCACUUAGUGAACAGACUAAUAGUGAUGAACCCCACUUAUAAAAAGAAAAAAAUAUAUAUUAAAAAACAACUUGUUUUUGCAUGAGGUCUGUUGCAUCACUGCAUUAGUGUAGUUUUUUAUUCGCUUUUUUUCAGUUCGAGGGCCAGUUCGUUGUCCUGUGAACAGAUGCAGCAGAGGGGUGGGGCUUUCACUUGAAGAGAAACUAAAGGUGGGCACACUGUUAUAUCACAAUCACAGACGACAAUAAAAGAUAGUCGCUUUUAUUUGUUUACAAUUUUAAUUUACACUUUCUAAUGCUAAAAUCUUUAAGCUAUUUCCACAAGUGUGCCUGGCUUUCACUGUAAACAUUUAAAGGAUUGCCAGAUGUAGUAACCGAGUUUAAUGCUUUUCAUACAUGUUAUAUGACUCAUACUGUAUUUUUUUCAGCAUCUCGUGACAAGGAAUAUUUUGGUCUACAAUUAAGGUUUGAAACAGUGUCCAACAUUUUAAUUUCCGCUGCAUAGCCCCACCCUCGUUAUGUGUUUCUACAAUCAAUCAGUGAGAAGUACUGUUUAUUUUCAACUGAGGCUGUGUGUUUACAUUAUGUGCGGCCCCAUUUUUAUUUUUUUUUAAAUCGUACCGUGACACAGUUAAUCAUUAUUUGAACUCAGUUCAAAGUCCCAGUGCUUACUGUUCAUUUAAGACUGGAAGGCAAACAGUAGGUUCAGAUGAUAAGCAGUUUCAAUCUAAGCUUGUGACGGUCUGACGGGGGAAAUUUAGGCAAUGUCUGUGAAGGUGGUGUCCUUUUUCAGCUCCAGAUUUGUGCACUAUAUACUGUUAGAGAUUGCAGUUACCAAAACUCCAACUUUUAUUUAAUCAUUAGGUGCUACAAAGAUACUUGGAUUAUAGUAAAUUGAAUGUGUUCUGAUUAUGUGACAGUUGACAAUGUUGGGGGUUUUUUUUAACGUUUGAUCGGGUUAGACUCGAUGUCAGCUGUCAAUUACUUUCAUUGAUUUCAUGAAGAGGCAUGAACAAAACUUAAAUUAAAAUAUUGAUUUAAAUUUCAGUCUAGAUCUGAAUCUGCACCAGACUACCAAAAAAUGAAUGACAACUGUGCUUAUUUUUGGAGAAUAACUAUGUAAGACUAUGUAUGACUAAUUUUACUACAUUGCUGCAAUGCCAAUUGUAGCAAAACACCAUCAUAUUUUGCAUGAUUUUAUGGAGUUUGUAUGUGCAUGUGCCAUCGUAAUUUGGUUGCAAUUACACAAAGAAGGCGUCACUUUUAACACCAACAGUCUAUUAGUUUCCUGAUGCUGCUUUCACAUGGAAUCAGGGAGACGAUAGAUUGCAAAGGAUGAAGGAUGGAUGAAGGAUGAUAAAAUCAGGUGAGGCCGGCAGAUACCUGCAACAUAAACAGUAGACGGCAUUGUCAUUCAAAGUUAAUUUUAACCGUUUACCGUCCUCCUUGAUGGACUUUACAACCGCAUGUUGUGUGACUCCUUCACACAAGGUGGAAAUAUGGACAAAUGGGAUAAUUAUGAUAAUACUGGACAUUACUAGUGAAAUACAAUCAAUAACAAUAAAUUAAUUGAAAUUACAUUUUAUUCCAUGCUUUGUAAAUAAUACGGCAUCACCAUGGCAACAUAUCAUUUUAACCGCUCUUUCGUCAAGAACGUUUGUUUUUUCCCAUGCCUUCCGGAGGGUUUUGUCCAUCUUUCGUGACUGUCUGCCUGAUUCCAUGUGAAUGUAGCAUUAACAUUUCACUAAACCCAUUCAUUAUUUUUUUUAUAUCUUGCUAAAAAAGAGACAGGACCUAAAACAAACUCCUUGGCGAACGUAAUAAUUAGCAAUCAACCACAAAUGGGCUGCCUGCACGACGCACAUGACUGACAAAUAAAGCUUGAUCAAAUUCAAAAUCACACCCCGACUCAGAUUACUGCUCAGGUCUGAGUUUGGUUUAUUAUUUCAGAGGGGCCAUAAUUUCCCAUCAGUGUGAAGACGUCUGAGUGAUAAUCACCGAGUUCAGUUAAAUUUGCUGAAACACACACCCUCAAAUUUCUCGCAUGUCGAAUGUAUGCAGAUGCAUUUUUAGCUAUUUGAACGGCAAAACCUCAAAAGUCCAGAUGAAUCCACUUUCAGAUGUGAUGCUUUUGUGACUGUGUAUGCAAGUGUAUAUGUAUAAUACAAAAUGAUGUGUAUAUAUUGUAUGUGAGAGAUUUACAGGAAGAUACCAUGCUCUUUCAAAAACACAGUAUUAUUUUCUGAGAGAUAUAUUUAGAUUCUGUAAGUAAUCUACUCUAUUGUCAACUGAGUCAAAGACUGAUUAAACAAUAAACUAACAUGGAUAUCA